AUACCCCGAGCUCUGUGACACACUGUUAUCGGCCGAUUAGCCGUCUCCUUCGCGCUAUCAUGUCCAUUGUUGUUCGGAUUCUACUUAAUAUUUAAUGGUCGCAGUCGCAUACAUGUGUAGCGACAAACAGCAUUUCGCCUGGGACUGGGAACAUUUGGCCCGAUUCUGAUUCCGUUCGGGGGCUCAGUUUCACACUUGAAGUCGAGCGGAUCGCAACCCAUCAAAUGGCGACCAACAGUGGAUCCCGCACCAUGCCCACCGUCGAGCACAAAUUAAACAUCACCGAGGAGGAGGUUCCGGAGCACAUCCGUCGGCUGGCUCAGGAGCAGGGCGAGUGCCACAGUUCCAAGGACCAGAUCAUCGAACAAUUCCGCACCUACAUUCUAGAACACAACGAGUGCCAGCCACACCGCACCGAUGCAAAAUAUCUGCAAAAAUUUUUAAGAGCUCGCUACUGGAAAAUUGAAAACAGCUACAGAUUGCUCUGCAGCUAUUAUAAGUUUCGCGAACACAAUAAAACCUUUUACGAAAAGGUUCGUCCUCUGGACUUGCGUCAUAUCGGCCAGUCGGAUAUCCUGACAGUAACGCCAUACAGGGAUCAACAUGGCCACCGCAUACUCAUCUAUCGUUUUGGGCUCUGGCGACCCAAUCGAGUGACCGUGGAUGAUAUUUUCCGGGCCACCAUUGUCCUGCAGGAGCUGGGAAGCUUGGAACCAAUCUCACAGAUCGUUGGAGGAGUGGGAAUCUUUGAUCUGAAGGAUCUGGGCCUAGAACACAUACUCCAUCUAAGCCCUAGUGUGGCUCAAAAGAUGAUUGCCCUGCUGGUGACCUCCAUGCCCAUAAGAACAUCCGCCCUCCACAUUGUGAACCAGAACUGGGUCUUUAAUGCAGCUUUCAAGAUAUUUAAGCCUUUCCUCAAUGCCGCCAUGCGUGAAAAACUUUACAUCCAUGGCAGUGAUAUGGCUUCUCUUCACAAACACAUAAAUCCUGAACAUCUUCCCAAGCGUUAUGGUGGCUUGCACGAAGAUUACUCUUAUACGCUCUGGCUGGAUAUGCUGAAAGAGCAGUGCUCAAGUAAUGGAGUCCAAAAAGAUAUGGAACAAUUGGGAUUCAUCUUUGACUAGGUAUCGAGCUUAGUUUAGUUUCAUAUAUAAGCAUGUGCUCUACUAGGAACUGAUGGUCUCUCAGUGGAUCUUUCAAUAUAUUGAAGGGAAAUUAUAAUAUUUUUGUAAUUUUGUACUCUUAUGGAAAUCAAACCAUAUUUUGUCUACUUAAAUGUUAUGUAAUGAUAUGAAAGUCAAAACAAACAAAGUAGGUGAUAUUUUUAAAAUUAAAUAACUUUUAAAGAUA